UCCGUGUAAAUAGGUGUAAAUGAAACCAGAUUAUGCCUCUCUCCCACCCACCCCUCCUUCUCCUCCUCCCAAGGCGAUUGUCAUGUGAUAGCAAAGAAGUGGCACAUUAAUGAAGCGCCGCUCCGGGGGUCUUUUCUGCUCAUGUCACCACAUAAAACUAUCAGAUGGUUCGAGGAAGGCCAUGGAGGCAGGCACUUAGCUCACCUUAUCAAGCAAGAAGAGAGAGGGUAUCAGUCUAUUCGUCUGGCUCGGACAGAGGAAGCUGCUCAGCAUUUGCUUAUAGGCUAAAGCUGAUCUACAGCUCGUCUAAAGGGGCAGACUUUUUUUUUCUAAUCCGAGCGACAGCAGUGCAGCUUCACUUCAACACCGAAUGCUGCAGCAACGUCCUCGUAACUUUCAGAGCUCUGAAACUUGGACAAAACACAGCCGGUAAACUGAUACCUUUUUUGUUGUUGUUGUUUUUAUGCUUUUCUCUAGCUUUGAGAAUUGUUAAUAUCGCAACACUCAGGCAGAAUUAUUUCGUUCUCUGAAAAAACAAGAGGAUGCCUCGUCCAGGGAGAAACACGUACAGCGACCAAAAACCUCCCUAUUCGUACAUUUCUCUCACGGCCAUGGCGAUCCAGAGCUGCCCCGAGAAGAUGCUGCCCCUUAGCGAGAUCUACAAAUUUAUCAUGGACCGUUUCCCUUACUACCGCGAGAAUACACAGCGAUGGCAGAACUCACUGAGGCACAAUCUUUCUUUCAACGACUGUUUCAUCAAGAUCCCGCGGCGGCCGGAUCAGCCGGGCAAGGGCAGCUUUUGGGCGCUGCACCCUAACUGUGGCGACAUGUUUGAGAACGGCAGCUUUCUUCGGCGUCGCAAGCGCUUCAAGGUGCUCAUGGCGGACCCCCUGGCACCGAGCAAGCCGUCAGAAGCUGCGCAUUAUCUCCAGCAGCAGCAUGCCAAGCUGCGUCUGAGCGCGCUGGCCGCCACUGGAGCGCACCUGCCACAUGUGCCCGCCUACAACCUGACCACACCUCCGCCGUCCACCUUCAAACACCCGUUCGCCAUUGAGAAUAUUAUCGCGCGCGAUUACAAGGUACCGGGCGGGCUGGCCUUUUCCACGAUGCCCACCAUGUCCGCCGGUUACCCGUUACAUAGUCAGCUAGCCACAGCCUGGCCUCACGUGUACGGCGCUGGAGCUCUUGAGAGCGCUUCGCCCAUUUCAGUGGCAAGCGAAUACGGCGCGUACGGCGUACCUAUCAAGUCGCUUUGCCACGGAGCGCAGAGUUUGCCCGCCGUGCCGGUGCCCAUCAAACCAAUGCCCUCGCACCUGCCCGCGUUUCUCUCGAACUCUCCACAGUCUCUAAGCCCCACAUCCCCUCACACGGCAACCGGCCAAAGCAGUCCGGCCAACCCGAGCGACGCGCUGAGCGGCCCGCCAACUCUGCAGUCAGUCGCCGUGCACUGACGCGGGACAGAUAUGACGGAAAUGUCCGGGACAUGGAACUGGAGGCCUGUAGACAGCUUCACGACUAAGUCCUAAACCUCACACUACUGUACUAAAUACGCUACAUGAGGUUUCCUAUACAUUGAUAUAAUUGACUCAUGGAUUUAAUGCAUUUAUCCAAUCUAACUCCAAUCAAAACACUCUGCAUUAAGACAAAAUCUCCACAGACUAUAUAUACAAAAGGUUUUAGUUCAAAUGGAUGCACAACUUCACCCAAAACUCAAGGUUGUGGUUGGCCUGCUGAUGUUUAUUGGGUUUGUUUUGUAUUUAUCGCCUUUACGCACCAGAUAAUCCUGUAGUUUAUAGUCUUAACAGGCGUUCUGUUUCACCAUAUCGCAUUUAGUACGGCAGUUUGCGGUGGAGGACCUAGCCAAAUACCUUCUCCAAAGUUUCAUUUUUAUUUUAGCCCUUGAAAACGUUUACCACAAUGUUAGCCUACCGCUAUACAAUCAAGGCAAAAGCUAUAUCCGUGUUGCAGUGAUGUUAAUUUAUGUGUACGUGUGUUCCGAUUUUGUGUGUUGCUUUAAAUAGUUUUCGUCUGACUGCACCGACUCAGUACAGAUAGAGACAGAUUUUAUAAUUUCUUUUCCUCAAGACAAAAAAAAGUUUAACUCUGACAUUACCAGAUUUUGGAAGGACGUUGGCAAAUAUGAAUAAUUUAAUAAUAAUAAUAACAAUGCUGUCCUUCUAAUUUAAUAAUUUGUGUGUUUAUAAGUUUAUUUGUCAGGAAAGACAGUUAAACUUACUUUGGUUUAUACAGUUACAUUUGGUGUGAACACCUUCUGGCAAACUUUCAAAUCUUAUUUCUUAUGAACUGCUCUUCGAUAAAUCUGUACCAUUAAACAACAAAAAAUCUGUUUUAUUUUUCAUAGGAAUCUAUAUCAUCAUUAGAUUUUACAUAUGGGUCUACACAUAUUGAAAACUUGAAAACUACAUUUAAAAGGUGAGGUAAAGACGUUAUAUAUGUGAAUAAUUGCAAAUAAGUGAUAUAAAAAAAAUUGUGGUAAAUGAUGCACUUUUUAGUUCGAUGUUUUAGAUGAUCUCUAUUUUACAGGAGAUUUUUUUGUGGAGCAUUUAAUUUAAAGCCGUGGUGACCAUGUGUAUUAAAUGCCGUAAAUUUGUUAACUUUUUAUGUUCAGAUGUAAAGCAUGCAUUUUCGAAACUUUGUGUUGUUUUGCUGCGAGCAUGCGAGCUUUUCAAAAAGUGUGCAAAACGUCUGCAUUAAAUUAUAAACUUGGUCAUCAGAAUAUUUUUUCAUUAAAAUGACGUAAACCUUAAA